UUCCCACAGUUACCAGUGGGAGGAGGGGGAAGAGGUUGCCUCAGUAACCAGCGGGCAGAGUGGGACUCCUUGUUGCUAUAGUCACCAGGAGGAGGAUGGCGAAGGGGUUGCUAUAGUUACCAACGGAUGCCAGGCAGAGCUUGAGCAGUUACUCUCUUGACUCUGACAGGAUCUGUGGUCCUAAAACCCAUAGCCUAAUCGGGACUGAGAAAAGCAAGGAGGGGAGGGAGAGCAAGGGAAACCUACCCAGGAAAUCCUAAGUCCAAAAUCCUCACCAAACUCUACCAAAGAAGUGACAGUUAACUGGCAUCCGGGAUCCAACUCCGCCACUUCUAUUCCCUGCUGCCCACUGAAGUCGUGUCCCCGAAGAAAUUCCCAGGUGUCUGUUCUCCUCUAGAAGGUGUAGGAGAAUGAAGGAGUAGUCACAGGUUAUUAUAAAGUCCUUAAGAAGACCAGAGGGAAAUGGCAAGCAAAAAGAAAGAAGUCCAAUUACAGACAGUGAUUAACAAUCAAAACUUAUGGAAUGAAAUGUUGCUGAAUAAAGGUCUAACAGUGAUUGAUGUUUAUCAAGCCUGGUGUGGGCCCUGCAAAGCUGUUCAAACUUUGAUUCGGAAUGAAAAACGAUUGGCAGAGGACGAGCUUUUGCAUUUUGCUGUAGCUGAAGCUGACAUUUUGACUUUGCAGCCGUUCAGAGACAAAUGUGAACCUGUUUUCUGUUUUACAGUCAACGGCAAGAUUAUAUCCAUGGUCAGAGGACCAAAUGCACCACUUAUUAAUAAACAUAAUGAAAUAAUAGAAGAUGAAAGAAAAAUAGAAAGCUGGAAAAUGAUUCGUCCUGAGCAGCAAGAGCUAGUCUUCAUGGAAAUGAAGGACUCUGAUGCUUGUGCUGAAUCAGGGGACUCUUUGGCUAAUUCCUCUGCUUUAUCUCAAAUGCCUUUACUUCUGGAUCGGGACACCUAUCGGCGAUCCAAGAUCAAAAAUGCGGGCUUCGUCAUAGCCGCAGAGGAUGAGCGGACACUCAGCGAGGAACAGGUUCGAGACUUUUAUAAUCGGAGAGCGGAUCAGCCCGACUUCGAAGACUUUGUCACUUUUAUGGUGAGUGGCCCCAGCCGCAUCCUGAUCAUUUCCCAAGGAAAAAAUGAAUCGACCGACAUUCCCCACUGGACCGAACUGAUGGAUUUCGAGCCAACUAAUGAGAGUGAACAGGAGAGCUGUGGUCGGGAACCCAGAUCAAACAGCUUGCGAGAGGUUUUAGCCUCACAUCAGAUGGGCACGGUGUGUGACAUCGAAGACAGCGUGGAGAAUGCCAGCAGGCAACUGGCCUUCUUUUUCCCAGAAUUCUCUAAAACCAAGAAGGCAGGGCAAAAGGUGGAGAAGACGCUAGCCUUGAUCCGUCCUGAUCUCCUAAAGAAAAGAAGAGAUUCCGUCAUGAGACGGAUCCGAGAGGACGGCUUUACCAUAGCGAUGGAAAAAGAGAUAAUCCUGACGGAAGACCAAGCUCGCAGCUUUUACAGGGAACAUGAGAACGAGGAUUUCUUCCCGGCUCUUCUGGAACACAUGACUAGUGGCCCCACUCUCGCCCUCGCCUUAGUGCGAGAAAACGCAGUGCAGCGCUGGAGAGAUUUACUUGGCCCCAAAGUGGUAGAGAACGCCAAGGUGGAAAAGCCAGAAAGUUUACGGGCUCAGUUUGCUCUGGAAAAUGUAGCCAUCAACCAGCUGCAUGGAAGUUCGUCUCCAAACCAGGCUGAGAAGGAACUCAAUUUCUUCUUUCCUCGCCAACAUACCAUAGCAGUAAUUAAGCCUGAGGCACUCCCGAUUCACAAAGAAAAAAUCUUGCAAAAAGUCCAUGAUUCUGGGUUCAUCAUAUCCCAGAUGAAGGAAACUCACUUAACUCGAGAAAUGGCAGCACAGUUUUACAAGGCCCAUGAAGGAAAAGAAUUUUUUAACCACUUAGUGGAUUACAUGUCUACAGGCCCCUCCAUGAUCAUGAUCCUGAGCAAGAACAACGCUGUGGAAGACUGGAGAAAAUUAAUGGGUCCCACUGACCCUGAAGAAGCCAAGAGGACCUCUCCCGACUCUCUUCGAGCUCAGCUGGCCACCAGCAUCCUGAAGAAUGCCGUCCAUGGAUCGUCUAACAAGAAGCACGCUCAGGAGAGCAUUGCUUUCCUAUUUGGAGAUAUCGACUUGGAUGGUCAGAGCCAGAAGCAAGAUCAAUUUGCAGAGUAAAGGCAAGUGGAAAAAAAGUAAUAUACCUCAUCAGUACAAUCUUAAAGAACCUACACCGUCUACAAUAUUCUUCUAACUUUCACUUCAGCAUUUUGUAAACUGACAGGAAAUUUGUUUCAUUCAACUGAGAAAUCAAUUGCAGAAUUUUAAGAACAAUAAACAAUUUCUUUUCAAAGUCCAA